ACCAAACCAGCCCGAGGGCAUUUUCGUACUAUACGCAGCCAAAACCCUAGCCCGCCGAUCUAUAACUAGCGAGCCAGGAGAAACCCUACCAGUCGGUCCAGCCGCAGCCGCCGCCAUGUCGAAGCGAGGGAGGGGAGGCUCCGCGGGGAACAAGUUCCGGAUGUCGCUGGGGCUGCCUGUGGCGGCGACGGUGAACUGCGCCGACAACACGGGCGCCAAGAACCUCUACAUCAUCUCCGUCAAGGGCAUCAAGGGCCGCCUCAACCGCCUCCCGUCCGCCUGCGUCGGCGACAUGGUCAUGGCCACCGUCAAGAAGGGCAAGCCCGACCUCCGGAAGAAGGUCAUGCCCGCCGUCAUCAUCCGCCAACGCAAGCCCUGGCGCCGCAAGGACGGCGUCUUCAUGUACUUCGAAGACAAUGCUGGAGUGAUCGUGAACCCCAAGGGUGAGAUGAAAGGAUCUGCCAUCACCGGACCUGUGGGAAAGGAGUGUGCUGACCUUUGGCCCAGGAUCGCCAGCAACGCCAAUGCCAUCGUUUGAGAGCCUGUUUCAAGUUGUGAGACUGCUUAUAUAAUGCCAGUGUGGGUUGCAGCUGUUUUGCCUGGGAAAUAGUGGAACUCUGCGUUGCUCUGUUUUGUUUGGCAUCUCAGUUUCUUAGUGAACAGAAGCCUGCCUGUCUGCUUAGUUUAACAACUGUAACUUCGUUGCCAGAGAAAAUGGUGAACUUUGCGUA